AUGCAGCAAGUAGCGACUGUUCAUGGCGGGGAGCCGAACCCGCUGGACAGCACCGGGCUCUGCCUAUUGUCCCUCGAUGGCGGUGGCGUGCGCGGGCUGUCAACCCUGUACAUCCUGAAAGGGUUGAUGGAUCGACUGAAUCUGGCACGCCCCGAGGGUUCACCAGCAAAGAAGCCCUGCGAGGUGUUUGACCUGAUUGGCGGCACCAGUACAGGCGGAUUGAUUGCAAUCAUGUUAGGUCGAUUGGAGAUGAAUGUCGAUGACUGCAUUUUGGCAUACAUCAAGUUGAUGAAGAUGAUUUUUGGAAAGCUCUCCAAACGGAGCCUAUCUAGCCUUCUUGGCAAGAUUGAACCCCGAUUCGACGCCAACAAGCUUGAGGGCGCAAUCAACGAAGUCAUCAGUAGCUGCGGAGCCAAGCCGACCGAUCUAUUCAAUGAUCAAGCUGAUCGGGGUUGCCGGGUGUUCGUCUGCAGCAUCACGCAGGAGACCAAAGAGAUCGUCCGCCUUCGCAGCUACCCCAUGCGUAACAAGCCUGGAAUUCCGGCCACCAUCUGCCAGGCCGCCCGCGCAACUUCCGCCGCCACAACCUUCUUCGAGCCGGCGUCGAUCGGGGCACGCAGAUUCGCGGAUGGCGCACUCGGGGCUAAUAACCCCGUGGAUGAGGUGGAAGACGAAGCAUCUGAUAUCUGGUGUGAAGACACAGGGGACCUAAAGCCGCUGGUGAAGUGCUUUAUCUCGAUCGGCACGGGCCACCCCGGAAAGAAGGCGAUGGAAGACAACCUGUUAAAGUUUGUUUCUAAAACCCUGCCAGCACUCGUCACCCAAACUGAGCAUACGGAGAAGCGAUUCAUCGCGAGAUGGCGGCAACAUUAUGAUAGCAAACGGUAUUUCCGAUUCAAUGUGGACCAGGGAUUACAGGACGUCGGGCUGGCAGAAUAUCAGGAGCAAGGUUUAAUUGAAUCAGCGACAGAGGGGUACCUCGACCACCAGGCAGUGGCGUUUCGAGUGCGGGAUUGCGUUGAAAAUCUGAAAUCAAAGCAAAGUGCCACCAACCUUAAUCUUACUGAAGAGAUUCGGCGGUAUCAGAAGAGCGUGGCUCUUUUGGAACAAUGGCAGGGCCGUGCUCGGUGGCAGGUGCCAUUUGAACGGAACACUAAGUUCACAGGCCGUGAGGAUCUGUUUAGCGACCUGACACAGAAACUGCAACAGGAGUCUGAUGCGACCACAAAAAUUGCAAUCAUGGGCCUCGGUGGGGUGGGUAAGACACAGCUAGUACUUGAGCUAGCUCAUCGCGUACGAGAAAGGUGCGCGGUCUCUUGGAUUCCCGUUAAUAGCCUGGCCAAUCUCCAAACAGCAUAUCGCAAGGUGGCUCAAAACCUUGGUCUCUCCGGCUGGGACGAAAUAGGUGUUGACAUCCUGGAAAUUGUCCGAACAUAUCUUAGUGAUGAGGCUAUUGGCCCGUGGCUGCUGAUAUUGGAUAAUGCCGAUGACUUAGAGCUGUGGAGAUCCCCACUCACAUCUGAGGCUGGAGCCAAGCGCCUGAUGGAUUACAUGCCCCGAAGCAGGCAUGGGGCGAUCAUAUGGACCACGCGCGAUCGCAAGGUAGCCACAGCAGUCGCUCGAGAAAACGUAGUGACUGUGCGGCAAAUGGACGAGUCCGGGGCCUCAGAGAUGAUGCGGAAAUAUCUGAUUGAUCCUAGUCGGAUCAAAAUCGAUGAGGGUUUGUUACCAGGUCUCCUGCAGAAACUUACCUAUCUUCCACUCGCCAUUGUUCAGGCCGCAUCGUAUAUCAAUGAGACCGGGGAGUCACUCAAGACGUAUGAAGCACUCUUGUCCAGCCACGAUGACGAGGCGAUUGAGCUCCUGAGUGAACAUUUCGAAGAUGACGGCAGAUAUUCAGGCAUAGAGAAUGCUGUGGCGAAAACAUGGCUCAUUUCAUUUGAGCAGAUCCGUCACCGCAGCUCUCUCGCGUUCGAAUAUCUUGGAUUCAUGGCCUGUGUGGACCCCAAAGACAUUCCGCGGUCGCUGCUACCGCCUUCCGAGAGGUCAUCGCCUAAACAGCAGACUGAUGCGAUCGGUAUCCUUAAUGCGUUCUCAUUCAUCACUAGACAUGAUGAUGGAUCGGCGUUUGAUCUACAUCGUCUGGUACAUCUAGUGACGCGGGGGUGGCUGAAAAAGACAGGAGAGUUGCCAGCUUGCCACAAACAAGCGGUAUUGCGACUGAGUGAACUACUGUCAGACAUCAGCCAAACAAAUCGGGCGCGCUGGCGGCUAUACAUAUCCCAUGCACAAUAUGCUGUGGGCGGGGACGAGAAGAAGUGCAACAAGGAAGAAGUCAAUCUUGCAGAAAAGUGUGGGGACUGUCUUUACUAUGACGGACGAUACCGCGAAGCGGAGACCGUGUCUCAGAUGGUCCUCGCUUCUCGGGAGAAGGUGCUAGGGCUCGAACAUCCAGACACGCUCAGCAGCAUCAGCAACCUUGGUUCAGUCCUUGUUAGCCAGGGCAAGUACGAAGAGGCCGAAGCCAUGCACCGGCGGGCGUUACAAGACCGAGAGAAGGUGCUGGGGACAGAACAUCCAGACACGCUCACUAGCGUCAACAACCUUGGUUCAGUCCUUGUUAGCCCAGGCAAGUACGAAGAGGCCGAAGCCAUGCACCGGCGGGCGCUAGAAGGGUAUGAGAAGGUCCUAGGGCCAGAACAUCCAGCCACGCUCAUCAGCGUCAGUAACCUUGGUUCAGUCCUGGAUAGCCAGGGCAAGUACGAAGAGGCCGAAGCCAUGCACCGGCGGGCGUUACAAGACCGAGAGAAGGUGCUAGGGCCAGAACAUCCAGCCACGCUCAUCAGCGUCAGCAACCUUGGUUCAGUCCUGGAUAGCCAGGGCAAGUACGAAGAGGCCGAAGCCAUGCACCGGCGGGCGCUACAAGACCGAGAGAAGGUGCUAGGGCCAGAACAUCCAGCCACGCUCAUCAGCGUCAGCAACCUUGGUUUAGUCCUUGUUAGCCAGGGCAAGUACGAAGAGGCCGAAGCCAUGCACCGGCGCUGUCCACAGAUUUAA